AGCAAGCAUGUAACGUUCUAUAUAAACAAGCAUAGGAUGAUGCAUAUCUAGAUGUAAACAAAUGUUAGUUAAUUUUACUCCUUUUUUAACGUUUAUUAAAAUAUUGCUUCAUUGUGACAUUUCAAUUUUAUCUCAAGUGAGCUCAUCACAUUGAGCUGUAUCUUCUCCUCUCUAUAAGAAUUCGUCUUGAUCUAUUCUCGACGAAUUCUUAUAUAUAUUACCCUUCUUUGUGCAAAUACAUAAAACCCAAUUAUUUAUUUUAAAAUGUCCAAAGAAGAAAUGAGUAUGAAGUUUAAAGAAGAUGUAACACAUUGUGAGAAUGCAAAUAUCCUUGAAACCCAAGAGGAUGAUCAUUUGGUUGAAGAUAAUGGAAGCAUUGAUGCACAAAACUUUUUAAAAGAAUGGGAAAACCCCAUUUAUGAUAAUAAAUUGUCUUCCAUAGAGAUGGAGUCUCUUACUGCCAUUUGUGAUGCCAUCGUACCACCCGUGAAUCCUUUGAAAACUAUGACGGAUGAGUCCACCAUUCGAUUUUACAAAACUUCCGCUUCCAUGAUGGGGACUCCAGACUAUCUCGGCGGCAUAAUAAGUCAAAGACUUCGACAUCACGUAGCAUUGAUACGACUCCUAUUGUUCUUGUUAUCAACAAGACUAGGAACGUUUGUUUUGGGAGGAGGAAUACGCAAUUUUUCCCUUCGUUUUCCAUUUCUCCUCAAGUUUUCAGAAUUAUCCCUUGAAAGAAGGCAACAAUUUGUUCUAUCAUUGAGCAGUAAUUGCAUCUUUUUAAUACGAAUGGGAUUUGUUGGCCUCAAACUCCUUAUUUUACUGUCCUUCUUUACUCAGGUAGACAAGAAUGAAGAGAACCCAUCCUGGAAUGCAAUAGGCUACUGUGGACCUGACCCUGAUUUCAAAAAUAGCCCAACUAGAAAAGCCCAAAAGAAAGCCCAGCAUCAGCCCAAAGAAGAUUUCUACGGCCCACUUUACAAAGGUAUUUAUAAUGUAAAAAGCCCUCAAGAAAUCUUUGUCAAAUCUCUCGAGCGCAAAGGCUUCCACGUGUCAGUCAACAACGAAAAGAAAAUAAGUAAAAAGCCAGUACUGACUAUCCAAUGCGACGUCGUUGUGGUAGGCUCCGGUAGCGGCGGGGGAGUUGUUGCCGGAGUUUUAGCUUCGGCAGGGUAUAAAGUUCUUGUUUUGGAAAAAGGAGAUUAUUAUGCUAGGAAAAAUCUCUCUCUUUUAGAGGGUCCUACUUUGGAUCAAAUGUAUGAAGGUGCAGGUUUGUUAUCUACUAGGGAUUUAGGAGUGAUGAUUUUGGCUGGAUCAACAGUUGGGGGUGGAUCAACCAUAAAUUGGUCGGCUUCGAUACGAACACCACCACAUGUGAUUCAAGAAUGGACUAAUGUACAUGACCUAGAGAUUUUUAACAGUACAUUAUUUAAAGAGGCCCUAGACGUGGUUUGUAAGAAGAUGCAGGUCCAAAAUGAAAUAACCGAGGAAGGUUUUAGUAAUGCAGUGUUAAGGAAGGGUUGUAAGGAAUUAGGGUAUAAUACAGUGGACAUUCCUCGAAAUGCCCCUGUAGAUCAUUUUUGUGGUUGGUGUUGUUUUGGGUGUAAGGAUGGGAGGAAAAAUAGUACUUGUGAAACAUGGCUUAGAGAUGUGGUAGACUCCGGAAAUGGGGCUAUACUUGCUGGGUGCGAAGUAGAGAAAGUGUUGUAUGAAAGAAAACGAGGUAGAGACCGUGAAACGGCGAAAGGAGUUGUGUUCAAGUUAAAAUCCAAUGGAAGUAGUGAACAUGAUUUAUGUGUAGUUAAGGCAAAUGCAACAAUUAUAGCUUGUGGUGCACUCAACACGCCGGCAUUAUUGAAAAAGAGUGGACUAAAGAACCCAAAUAUAGGUAAAAAUUUGCAUCUUCACCCGGUGGUGAUGGCAUGGGGAUAUUUCCCGGAGGAGCCACUAUCAUCAUCCAUAUGGCCGGAAAAAGAUAGAAAGAGUUACGAGGGAAGUAUCAUGACAACCAUGUCUAUAGACGAGUCAAAUAACAAAUUUGUGAUCCAAACCCCAUCAAUACACCCAGGCAUAUUUGCAACUUUAAUGCCUUGGAUCUCCGGAUCAGAUUUGAAGCAUAGAAUGACAAAGUAUUCUCGAACAACCCACUUGUUUGCACUAGCUCGCGAUGUUGGAUCAGGCACCAUUUCUACCGAUCCAUAUGACAUCAAAUACAAGUUAGACUCUACAGACGAAUCUUAUCUUAAAAAAGGCCUUGAGAAAACGCUUAGGAUACUCAAAGCCGCGGGGGCAGAGGAAAUCGGCACUCACCAUCGCAGUGGAGCGGCCAUUAAUGUGAAGGAAAGUAGUAAUCAGGAAUUUGAGGAGUUUGUGAAAAGAGAGAGUUCAAGGGAUAUACGAGGCUUAGCUAUGCCUGUUGCAUCCGCACACCAAAUGGGAAGUUGCAAGAUGGGGGUUAGUCCGAGGACCUCGGUGGUGAACCAAAGGGGAGAGAUUUGGGAAGUAGAGGGGCUUUAUUUAGCUGAUUCCAGCGUAUUUCCUACUGCUUUGGGUGUCAAUCCUAUGGUUACUGUCCAAGCUAUUGCUUAUUGUACUUCUUUAUCAAUUUUAGAGUAUCUCAAGAGGAUAAAAUAGAGGUAAAUUAUUAUUAAAAAAAAUAAAAAUAAAAUCAAAUGACAUCUCUAAAAGUGUAUCCAAUUUACAGUUUGAUGUUUACAAACCAUGUAUAAUUUGAUAUUGAUGUUUUUCUAUGCACUAAAAUAUGCGAUAAUGUAAAGCCUUUGCAACGUAAAAUUUAUCAUUUUGUGGUUUC